AAGUGUUCGUGUUCAAGUGAAGAUAAAUAUAUAACCGCUUCAUAAAAUGAUACUUUUGGGUAAUGUAAAAUUUAGCGAUUUGGAAUUGGACUCGAGUUUGGAAGAGAAGUUAAACAAUAUUUACGCGCAAAAAUCUGAUGAAUUCCUACCAACUUUAGUGUACAUAUUCACCCUCGCGCGAUGGUUUGGCAUUCCAUCAUAUGGUGGAAAAUUUGCCCUUUGCGGAGCCAUCGUUACGUUUGCUUUGGUGGCAUCCCUGGAGGCUGGAGCUAUUUGGAAGUUGGUACGACUGCUCGCUGGCAUCGCUACCAAUGUCACCGAUGGUCGAGGUUUCGUCGCUCGACUCUCGGGGACCAUUUUCUAUGGAAAUGCACUCCUAUCCUUCCUUCUGUCUUGGAAACUUAUUACUUCUUGGAAAAAGGUCUCGAUACACUGGUCUAGGGCUGAGACCUCAGGGGGGUUAUACUUCCCACCCGAUGAUAAUAUUAGGAAGCGUGUUAUUUGUGUUACAUGGUUUGUGGCGGUAUGUGCAUGUGUGGAACACAUGAUGAGCAUGAUGUCUGCUACUGGAUUUGACAUUCCGCCAGGAGAAUACUUCCAUCGCUACAUUUUGAGCUCCCAUGGAUUUCUUCUUCAACCUCAUGAAUACACCGUCUGGGUGGCUGUUCCAGUAUUCAUUACAAGUAAGCUGGCAACUAUAUUCUGGAACUUUCAAGAUUUGAUCAUCAUUUUGAUUAGUAUGGGAUUAACAUCGCGGUAUCAUAGACUGAACCUUUACGUCAAUUACUUAGUAAAACUUGAGAAACGAGAUGCGGGAAUAAAAAAGUUCGGCACAGAACUCUACAUUCAAAUGCAGACUUGGCGAAGACUAAGAGAAGCCUACGUGCGUCAAGCGUCGCUGGUGCGCGUCGUCGACAAGAAACUUGGCACCUUGGUACUCCUGUCGAAUCUGAACAACUUCUACUUCAUAUGCUUGCAGCUGUUCCUGGGUCUUAACAAGACUCAAAGCGGUCUGGUGAACCGGAUGUACUACUUCUACUCUAUGGCGUGGCUCCUCUUCAGAGCGUGCAAUGUGGUGCUGGCAGCUGCUGAGGUCAAUGAUCACUCUCGCCGGGCGCUGCCGCUGCUGUAUGGGUGUCCGAGGUCAUCGUAUAAUAUUGAGAUCAAAAGACUAAAACACCAAUUAACGUAUGACAGCGUCGCACUCAGUGGAAUGGGCCUGUUCAAAUUACAUCGACAACUUCUGUUAGAGGUGGCGGCAGCAAUAUUGAAAUAUGAGUUAGUGAUGUUACAAUAUGACGGAUAA